AUGGCAUCGUUUCUACCAUUUGUGCUUCAGAAUCUCAACUCCUUGAUCCAAAAGGAGGUGGGCUUGCUUUGGGGUGUUGACAAGGAGAUGAAAAAGCUUUCAAGCACUCUCACCACCAUCCAGGCUGUCCUGGAAGAUGCACAACAAAAACAAUUCCAAGAGAAAGCAAUACAAAAUUGGUUGAGAAAACUCAAUGAUGCAGCCCAUGAAGUAGAAGACAUCUUGGAUGACUGCACAACCGAAGCCCUCCAAUACGAAUCAAAAAGGCUGAGUUCUAGUUCUCUAAAGAAGGUAAUAAGCACUUCCUUAUUGACUUAUCCUGUUGAGAACAUUCUGUUCCGUCACAAGAUAGGGAAUAGGAUGAAAGAUACCAUAGAGAACUUAAAUGCAAUUGCUGAAGAGCGGAUGAAGUUUCAUUUACGUGAGGUGGUUGUGGAGAAGCGAGUUGAAUUGGCUGACAGACGUGAAACCAGCUCUGCUCUAACUCAACCACAACUGUAUGGAAGAGAAGAAGACAAAGAAAAAAUUGUCAAAAUGUUGGUUGAGAAUAUAUGUGAUUGCCAGGAUGUUUCUGUCUACCCUAUAAUUGGCAUGGGGGGGCUAGGAAAGACCACGCUUGCCCAAAUGGUCUUCAACGAUGAGAGGGUAGAGUGCCACUUUGAGCUUAAAAUUUGGGUUUAUGUUUCUCAGGAUUUUGAUGUGAAAAGGGUGAUAAAAGCAAUAAUCGAAUCCGUAUCUGAGAGAACCUGUGAAGCCUCAAACCUAGAUUCUUUGCAGAAAAAGCUUCGAGAGAUGCUAAAUGGGAAAAGAUAUUUGCUUGUAUUAGAUGAUGUGUGGGACGAAGAUCAAGACAACUGGGAUGGGCUAAAGUAUUUACUAGCAUGUGGAUCAAAAGGUGCUUCCAUUAUUGUUACUACUCGUGUUGCAAAGGUGGCAUCAAUCAUGGGAACUGUUCCAGCACAUCACUUGUCAUUUUUAUCUGAAGAAGAUUGCUGGUUGUUGUUCAAACAACGGGCAUUUGGACACGGGAAUGAAGAGCAUCCAAACCUUGUGGCCAUUGGGAAGGAGAUAGUGAAGAAGUGUGGGGGUGUGCCUUUAGCUGCGAAGGCCCUUGGAGGGCUAAUGCGCUUCAAAAGUGAGGAAACAGAUUGGCAUUUUGUUAAAGAAAGUGAAAUUUGGAACUUACCCCAAGACAAAAAUUCCAUCUUGCCUUUCUUGAGAUUAAGUUACUAUAACCUUCCAUUGGAAUUGAGACGGUGUUUUGCUUACUGUGCCAUUUUUCUAAAAGGUUCUAAAAUUGAAAAGGAAAAACUUAUUCAUCUUUGGAUGGCUAAUGGCUUUAUUUCAUCCAACGGAAAAUCAGAGUUAGAAGAUAUUGGUAAUGGUAUAUGGAAUGAGUUAUAUUGGAGAUCCUUUUUCCAAGAUGUGGACAAAGAUCCAUCUGGCGACAUUAUUUUCAAAAUUCAUGAUCUUAUGCACGAUCUUGCCCAAUCAGUUAUGGAAGAUGAAUGUCAUAUGAUGGAGGCUGAAAGCUCAAAGAAUAUAUCAGCGCAAAGAAUUCAUCAUGUUACACUGGUUGCUGACUAUAUGCACGUGGGUGUCUUUCCUAAAGCAUUAUAUAGAGUUGAAUCCUUACAUACAAUUCUUCUACAAUAUAGACAGCCAAACACUACCUCUCAACCCUCUCAUAGUUUUUUUCCUUCUUCUUGUGACCUCUCAAGUUUUUGUUCGUUACGAGUGUUCGAUGCAUUGGGCACCUACAUGGGGCAGUUGCCAUCUUCAAUUGGUAAGUUAAAACAUUUAGGGUACUUGAACCUUUCUGAAACUCUCAUUCGUACACUACCAAAGUCAAUUUGUAGCCUUCACAAUUUGCAGACUUUAAACCUGAAUAAGUGUUAUAAGCUUCAGGGGCUGCCCAAGAACAUGAAAUCCCUAAGAAGCCUCCGACAUCUUUUUUUGAAAGAUUGCUACAAAAUACAGGACAUGCCUCCAAAGCUUGGGCAUUUAACUCUCCUGAGGACAUUAAGUUUAUUUGUCGUGGGUAAGAGUAGAGGUCAUCGGGUAGUUGAAUUGCAAUGCUUAGAUCUUGGGGGAGAAUUGUGUAUCCGUCACCUUGAGAGAGUGAGAAACUCAACGGAUGCCAAAGAAGCCAAUUUGGUCGGAAAACUGAACCUCCGAAUCUUGAAGUUAUCAUGGGAAGAUAACAGUGAAUCAGAAUCGCAAGUAAAUGUUGAACAACUACUUGAAUCCCUGGAACCUCACCCAAAUGUUGAAGAGUUGUUCAUAGACAAUUACAGAGGUGCCCACUUCCCACCUUGGAUGGGGGAUUCAAUUGUUAAAAACGUAGUUUCUAUUGAGCUACGUAGCUGCACAAACUGUUUAGUACUUCCAGCGUUUGGACAGUUGCCUUCCCUGCGACGGCUUGAGAUUUCCAAAAUGGAUUAUGUGGAGUACAUUGACAAUUACUUCCCUGGCGGAAGCCCAGUUAGAGGAUUUCCAGCUUUGGAAGUACUAUGUAUUUCUCAGUUGCCGAAUUUGGUAGGGUUGUCAAGGGAGGAAGGAAGAGAGCUACUCCCUUGUCUUCACAAGAUAGACAUCAACAAUUGCCCAAAAUUGACCUUGCCGCGUCUUUCAUCCCCAAAACUCUUGAAGGUCUGGUUUCCCAGCAACGUGGUACUAAGUUCAAUCUCAAAUCUUAAGAAUCUCACUACCCUUUCAGUUCAUAGAGGGUACAUGAUUUCUUUUCCAGAAGAGAUGUUGCAAAACCUAACUGUUCUUGAAUCUCUAGAAAUUGAAAGGUUUAGCAACCUUAAAGUGCUACCUACAAACUUGGAAAGCCUUGUCUCUUUGAAGUCAUUGAGAAUCUGGUGGUGUGGUGAGAUUGAGUCUUUGCCAGAUCAUGGGCUACGAAGCCAAAAGUCUCUCCAACGUCUGACGAUUAAACACUGCAAUAAUUUGAGUUCUUUAUCUGAGAGUUUGGGACACCUCACUGCCUUGGAGGAAUUGAAUGUUAGUGGGUGUCCCAAGCUAGUGACUUUGCCAGACAGCAUUAAACAUCUUGUUUCUCUUCGACACCUACAUAUUGGUUAUAGUGAGUUGAAGACUUUGCCUGAAGCAUUGAAACAUGUCCCUGCACUUCAAUCUCUAUUUAUUGCUUGCUGCAAACAGCUCACAUCACUGCCUGAAUGGUUGGGAAACCUUACGUCACUUCAAUCGUUGUACAUUUUUUACUGUCGCAAGAUUCCAUCACUUCCAGAUGGCUUUGAAAGGCUAACCAACCUCCAAACUUUGACCAUUAUGGGAUGCGGUCCUGAAUUGUUAAGGCGAUGUCAAAAGGAAAAGGGGGAGGAUUGGUAUAAGAUAGCAAAAAUUCCAAAAAUCGAUCUGUAA